AUGCUUAUUGAAAUUCAUCGAAUCAGGACCAUAGGAUUAGUUGAUCAUUGGGAAAAUAACACACUACAUUAUGUUUAUGAGCUUGUGCAGAAUGGCAAUGCUGCGUUUCGAGAGAACAGAAUGGAAGAGGCAAUCAACUAUUACUCAAGAGCCAAUAACAUCAAAUCAGGUGAUCCAAUCAUCCUCAGCAAUCGAAGUGCAGCUUAUAUUAGGAUUAGCCAAUAUUUCAUGCGCAGAGCACCAUCAUCUUCGGAAUGUAGGCCAUUGAGUGGGCUUGAACCCACAACACUUGGUGAACUGGCUUUGAAGGAUGCUGAGAAGCUUGUUGAACUUCAAAGUAAUUCAGCAAAAUCAUAUAUUUUAAAGGCCAAUGCUCUUCUCCUGUUAGAGAAAUAUGAAAAAGCCCGGGAUGUUAUUCUUUCAGGCCUUCAAGUUGAUCCUUUUAGCAAUUCUCUUCGGGCUUUGCUUCAAAAUUUGGAAAGAGUUUCAUCUAGCUCAACAGGGAUGAGUACACAUGGACAACCAGAACGUAAUGAUGAUUUUGAUUGCACUCUUUGCCUGAAGUUACUGUACGAACCUAACUUUCCCGAGGAAUAUGCUGAAAGAAAGCAAGAGCAGGAUGGUUUAAUCAAUGCUGGUGUUGAUUUACUCCCUCUUUUUGUCAUGGAUGUUGUCAUACCAUGUCAAAGGUUUCCACUCAAUAUAUUUGAACCUCGGUAUAGACUCAUGGUAAGAAGAAUAAUGGAAGGCAAUCAUCGAAUGGGAAUGGCUAUACUUGAUUCUUCAACAGGUUCCUUAGCUGAGUUUGCCUGUGAAGUGGAAAUCACCGAGUGUGAACCACUUCCCGAUGGUCGUUUUUAUAUAGAGAUUGAAAGUCGUAGGAGAUUUCGUAUCAUCCGUUCGGGGGAUCAAGAUGGGUAUCGCGUUGCAGAGGUUGAAUGGAUACAGGAUGUUAUGCCACCGGAAGGGACAACUGAAAGAGAGACUUUACAGGAAUUGACAUAUAAUGCAGCCGAAAGUGCUCGAUCAUGGAUAGGAAGAGCUAAAGAAGCAGCAGGACAUGAUCAAAGAAAACUUGAGAGACUCGCCAGUGUUGAAGUAAUGAUGCCUUCAUUAAAAGACCCCGAGCGCUUUAGUUUUUGGCUGGCUACCCUCUCCAACAGGAGGCCUGCGGAAAGAUUAGAUCUCCUACGCAUCAGAGAUACAACCGAGUUCCAUUUGUAUACAUUUAUUACUGAAACAAAAGGUGAUAUGGGCGACAUACUGUUAUAUUAG